GCUUCGUAGUUGUACCUCCUGAAGCUUUGUCAGUAACGCGCUGGCGUACCUCUAGUCGCUGGGCAGGUUCCUCUGGAACAGUGCGAAAUGGUCUUCGGAACGUGUUGCAGACAAUUAUGGACACUUUACACAUUUGUCUCGACCGUUCACAUUGGACUCACCGCAGAGGCUCACAUGGAGCCACCUAAAAUUACGCCGUUCAGCUUUGCAAAGUCAAUUAAGCCUGGUGGAAAUGCACGAACAACAUGCCUUGUUGAAGCCGGAGACAAUCCAAUGACGUUUUCUUGGUUGCGGAACGGACUCGAUGCCGCCACUUCAAGAAACGUCCACAUCAAGUCCGACACCGACUACUCGAUAUUGACCAUUCACCCCGUGGGCGUCUUCAACGUUGGAAAUUACACAUGUAUUGUCAAGAACAAAGCAGGCUUUGACAGCUACACAGCCAUCUUGGACGUUGAAGCACCCCCUACAUGGAAACGUGAACCCACAAACACCAGAGGAAUUCUCGGGACAACAGUGACCAUAGACUGUUUCGCUACUGGAUCGCCGUCGGCUAAGAUGCGUUGGCUUAGGCUGGAAGAAGGCUCAGAAAAUACGAGGGAGCUUAGGAUCUCGGGAAGGCCAAGGGUGGUUGCUCAUUUCAAUGGAACAUUGGUUAUAUCUGUCCUGAACUUCCAAGACAUUGGUCGAUAUGUUUGCGAAGCUGACAACGGAAUUCCUCCGCCUCUCAGGAAAGUGGUGGACCUAAGAGUGCUUGAGUUGAUGGCACGCUGGUUCUAA